UGUCAAUCAACUGUACAUAUUUUAGCAAUAGUAAGUAAAGUAUAGAAAAUACGGUAAAUUGUAUAUAAUGCGGUUUGUAUCGCAACUAUUUCAACCAUUAUUAAUUAUACCAAAGAAUGCGAAGGUUAAAAAUACAGAGAUAACUUGCAAAAGUCAAAAGCUCCUUCUAGAAUGUGGUCUGAUCCGCCCCACAUCCCCCGGUUUCUUCGCCCUCUUGCCUCUCGCCCGGCGCGCCCUAGACAAGCUCGAAGCCCUUGUCAAGCAACAUAUAGAGGCGGCCGGUGGACAGAGGGUGUCCUUGCCUGCAUUGACAGCUGCACGGCUGUGGGAGAAGACGGGACGGAUUACGGAGGAGUUGCUCAAAGUACAGGAUAGGCAUGGGAAGAAGUUCGUGUUGGCGCCUACGCAUGAGGAGGCCAUAGCAGAUUUGCUAGCAGAUGUUGGGCCUGUGUCCUACAAGCAGCUACCUCUUUUAUUGUAUCAAAUCAGCGACAAAUACCGCGACGAGCUCCGCCCCAAGCACGGUGUGCUACGAGCCCGUUCCUUCCGCAUGCUAGACGCAUACGGCGCACACACACUGGACCAAGCUACUGAAGUGUACCAACGAGUAGGAGACCAGUAUGGAAGACUGUUUGACACAUUGCGACUGGAUGUACAUAGAGUGGCGGCACCUUGCGGCGAGAUGGGCGGGUCAGAAUCUCACGAAUGGCAGGUGCCGGCGCCCGCGGGCGAGGACCACGUGGCGGUGUGCGCGGGCUGCGGGCAGCCGGGCGGCACGACGGGGUCCGAGUGCCAGUGCGGCGGACGAACUGAAUCCGUCAACAGUAUUGAGGUGGGCCACACGUUCAUCCUGGGCACUAGAUACAGCGAAGCGCUGGGCGCCAACUACGUCGUGCCGAGCGGCCCGCCGCAGCCUAUAGUUAUGUCUUGCUAUGGCAUAGGGAUUACUAGAUUACUAGCAGCCAGUCUAGAAGCACUGUCAACAGACACAGCUUUGCGGUGGCCUGAGCCCAUCGCUCCAUACCGAGCGAUACUUAUAGGCCCCAAGGAAGGCUCAAAAGAAUGGUCGGUCUACAACUCUGAGCAAAUGCUCGGUUUGUUUGACAAGCUAUCGUCCCUACCGGGCCUCCGCAACGACAUCAUUUUCGACGACCGGCAUCAAAUGACCGUCGGCAAGCGAAUACUUAUGGCUGACAAAAUGGGCUACCCUCUGGUGAUAGUUUGCGGUAAAGGUGUUUUAGAAACCCCACCAAGGCUCGAGCUGCACUCGCGAGGCGAAACACAGUUGCUAACACUAGGCCAACUCAUGUGGGCGCUACAGGACGGAAACGAAAAAGUUGCAAAUAAAAUGUAAAAUAA